AUGCGUCGAGCUGCCUGGUCCGUCGUCGCGUCGUUGCGCCGAUCGGCCGCCGCCACCAGCAGGGACGCCCCCCGCCGCACCGCCACCACCAGCACUGCCAGCGCGGCGGCGCACACCCCGCGCGAUCCCCCCGCCCACUGUAGCGCGGACCACUGGUGGCGGAAUUUCACGCAUUCCUGCAGCCGCCAGCCCGCCGCGGGCGGCAGAGGCAACGCGAGCAGCGUGUACGGCCCCGCUAUACCCCGCGGCACCCGCCAAUUCUCCGCCUCCGGCACUGGCGAAAGCGGCAGCGGAGGCGGAGGGAGGGCGGUGGGGAGGCAGACGGAAUGGUACGUGGACCGGCACGGCGUGCGGCACUUCCAGCGGCGGGGGGCGCUGGCGUGGCUGGCGCAGGCGACCUCCAGGCAGUCCGCGCAUGGGGGCCAGGGGGGGGGAUGGCGCGUGUCCCCCGAGGUUGUGUUGGUGGCGGUGGGGGUGGCGGGCGGCACGGCGGUGUGGGUGUACGUGAGUCACGUGCAGGAGGUGCCGUACACGCAGCGCCGGCACUGGGUGCUGCUGUCCGUGGCACAGGAGAAACGCAUCGGUGAAGAGGCGUUCCAAGAGGUGAGGGAGCAGCAUCGCGACCGCCUGCUGCCGUCCACGUCAGCAGAGGCGCUGAGAGUGCGCCACGUGGCGACCAAGAUCAUCCAGGCCACCACGGAGCACGUUGACCCGGGCAAGCCCCCCCAGGUGGAGUACUGCCCGCUCUCCCCCUCCUCCACCGCCCCCGCACACCGCCCCAUCUCCACCCCCUCGCCCUCCGCCUCUGAUGCUGUGGCCGGGGGAAAGCAGGGCGGGGGAGGGGAGGGAAUGGGGGGCGCAGCAGGGGAUGGGGAUGCGGGAGGAGGGCAAGGGGAUGCGCUGCUGGAGGACAGCGAGUGGCUGGACAGGCAGCAGCGGCAAGCACAGGCAGUACGGGGCGAGGGGCGGCCGUUUGAGGAGCACUUGAAGGGGCUCACAUGGCAGGUGGCGGUGGUGGAUGCGCCGGUGCUGAACGCCUUCUGCCUGCCCAGCGGCAAGGUGGUGGUGUUCUCGGGGCUGCUCAAGCGCUGCCCCGAUGACAGCCAGCUCGCCACCGUCAUUGGCCAUGAGGUGGCGCACAUAGUGGCGCGGCACGGGGCGGAGCGCAUGAGCAGUGCGAUGCUGGUGGCGGUGGUGCAGAUGAUCAUCGUCAACUUCCUGCUCAGCUGGCCGGCCUUCAUCCGCACCGCAUCCGACCUCCUCAUCUCCCUGCCCUUCUCCCGCAUGCACGAGUUGGAGGCGGACCGCAUAGGGCUCAUGCUCAUGGCCAAGGCCGGAUACAACCCCGAUGCUGCUCCGGGUGUGUAUGAGAUGCUGGACCAUGCGAGCAGUGGUGGCAAGGCGCAGCGACCAGCACCCGCACCAGAGGGGGCGGACAAGGCAGGGUGGGGCGACUUCAUGUCCACGCACCCUGCAGGCACGCGCAGAGCAGCGCUGCUACGCAGCAGUGCGAGCAUGCAGGAGGCGAGACGAGUGUACCGAGAGACAGUUGAGAGGGAGGCAGGGGGGCAAGGUAGGAUGUGGGGUGGGGGGGACUCAUGGUUUGGCUUCUGA